UUAACUGCCGUCUCCCAAUCGGAGAUGGAUAUCAUCAUCACUAUCUUUACUUUAGCUACCUCUGCUCUGAAAAGUUCUAUAGAACUGCAUUUAAAUCAGUCCCUUAAAUUAUUUAACCAUGACACUCUCCUUCUUCCUAUACUUCUUCCCCCUCUUAGUUUUCCCUGUAUUAUCAGCCUUAGCAGUUCAUAUCGCUGUACCCUCAUUAUUUGUCCCAGAUAUUGUAACUUUCUUAUUUUUAUUUUGUUGAAUAUUUCGCAUUUUUUGCCUAUCUCUCGUAAUACUUCCAAUUGUUUUCAUUUUUACAAACGCAUUUCUGGCUAUUUCUAUCCUAGCUCUUAUUUCAGUUGUUUGAUCAUUAUUGUCUAAAAUCCAGGUUCCGAGGUAUUUGUAUUUAUCAACCCUUUCUAUCGCUAUAUUUCCCAAAUGUAUGUUUGUUGGUAUAUUUGUUUUCUUAUUUUGUUAUUAUCAUGUAUUUGGUCUUUUUUAUAUUCAUUUUUAGUCAAUAUUUUUCACAGAAACUGGUUGUUUUGUUUAGCACUAAUUUUAGUUGUUCAGCAAAGCUUGCCGUAAUCACGCUGUCAUUUGCAUAUAUUAUGUUGGUAAUAGAUCUUCCGUUAAUUAUUAUUCCUUCACUUUGAGAGUGCAAUGCUUCUUCAAAAAUGGCUUCAUUAUAUACAUUAAAUAGUAAUAGGGAAAU